CGAGGAGAUGUUCUGCAACAAGGUGAACGGGAUACAGAAGAAUGUGAUAAGAAGAUCGCUCACCGCCAGAGAACAGAUGAAGAUAUUAGUGGAGACGGCCCUAUAAAGCCUGCAGCCUGGCACACUCAAGCUGCCGUCGCUGUCACCAACGUUACAGUAUGCUGCCUGCCGUGGUAAAGCUCUGCUGUGGAAUCUCCUACCCUCACCUCAGGACCAUGGCAGGACUGCAACGGCUAGCUAUCACAGCGAUCGGCCAGGAGCUAGCUCACAUGCAGAGGAAUGGGCAGACCCAACUCCCAGCAUGGACCAGCCAUAUGCGUUGGCAGACUGGCACCGCUCAGCAUCAACACAGUGAGAGCUCCAGAAGAGAGGUAGUCAUCCCAGUCCCGUUGAAACAGGAGGAGCUGCUGUACAUAAGGAGUGGGCACGAGGCGCUGGCCAAGGCUCUGGACAUUGUUGAGGACAAGAACGGAUGGAAAACAGAACUCACAGAGGACAACGGGGAUGUGAUCUACAGUAAAGUGUUGUCUGGGGACAGGAAGGUCUUCAGACUGGAGACUGUGUUAGACGCCACCCCAGAAGAGAUACAUCACAUCCUGUGGAAGGUGGAGGAGAUGCACCAGUGGAACCCAAGCAUCAAAAACAUCAAGGUUCUAAAGCAAGCUGGCCCGGAAACCAUGGUUACGCACGAGGUGUCAGCAGAGACAGCCGGCAACCUGAUAGGCCAGCGAGACUUCCUGAGUGUGAGACACUUCUCCAGACAGGAGUCAUGUAUCUAUCUGGGGGGAGCAGCCACGCACCUGGAGUCCUUCCCUCCUCAGAAAGGCUUCGUCAGAGCGGAGGACGGACCAACGUGUAUUGUCAUCGAGCCCCUGGCAGACGACACAGGCAGGAGCCACUUUACGUGGCUCCUCAACAUGGAUGUCAAGGGCUGGCUGCCAAAGUCAAUCGUCAAUCAAGCGUUGCCGCGAGCGCAGGUGGAUUUCACCCGGUGUCUGCGCAGACGGCUGGCCGAGGGACCUACUCAGCGACACACAAACCACCAUGCUCCCACAGUGUCUAGAGCCAGACACACUCUCUGACACACACUAAGUGGAGUUGAGUGCUUGGGAGUAGAGACAGAGAGAGACUUAGAGAGGGACUGAAGGACCUGGCUGCCAUUCACACACACACACACACACACACACACACACACACACACACACACACACACACACACACACACACACACACACACACACACACACACACACACACACACACACACACACACACACAGAGACAGAACCUUCUGUAGGCUGGAUCUGGCCUUUCACUAGUAGCACCCAGACACCCAGAGGAGAGCCACCCACCGCUGUGAAGACAUGCCAGGGUGCCCUCUCUUUCAGGGUGUGUGACAGACACACACAUCUACACACACACACACACUACACACAUACACUAAAGCUCAAUCCAUCCAAACUAUUUUGUGAAAAAGUAUCAUAUCUAAAUCUGAAACGUAAUAGACUACACAUUGCAAGAAUAGAUCACAUAUCUUAACAGAAUGUGUAAUUUUGCCGCCUGUUAAAGACCCAAAAACAAUAUUUCAAAUGAAAAUGUGUUAUUAUUACCUACUUUAGCCAUAUUUUACUUUUGCCAAAACAGUAGUGUGUAGUUCCAGUAGUUAGCUACACCGCUACAUGGUAAAACAGUAGUGUGUAGGUCCUGUAGUUAGCUACACCGCUACAUGGUGAAACAGUAGUGUGUAGUUCCAGUAGUUAGCUACACCGCUACAUGGUAAAACAGUAGUGUGUAGGUCCUGUAGUUAGCUACACCGCUACAUGGUAAAACAGUAGUGUGUAGGUCCUGUAGUUAGCUACACCGCUACAUGGUAAAACAGUAGUGUGUAGUUCCUGUAGUUAGCUACACCGCUACAUGGUAAAACAGUAGUGUGUAGGUCCUGUAGUUAGCUACACCGCUACAUGGUAAAACAGUAGUGUGUAGGUCCUGUAGUUAGCUACACCGCUACAUGGUAAAACAGUAGUGUGUAGUUCCAAUAGUUAGCUACACCGCUACAUGGUGAAACAGUAGUGUGUAGUUCCUGUAGUUAGCUACACCGCUACAUGGUAAAACAGUAGUGUGUAGGUCCUGUAGUUAGCUACACCGCUACAUGGUAAAACAGUAGUGUGUAGUUCCAAUAGUUAGCUACACCGCUACAUGGUAAAACAGUAGUGUGUAGUUCCAGUAGUUAGCUACACCGCUACAUGGUAAAACAGUAGUGUGUAGUUCCUGUAGUUAGCUACACCGCUACAUGGUAAAACAGUAGUGUGUAGUUCCUGUAGUUAGCUACACCGCUACAUGGUAAAACAGUAGUGUGUAGUUACAGUAGUUAGCUACACCGCUAUAUAGCAAUAUAAUUAACUACUGAAAACACCACCAAGAUUUGAAUUUAGUUCAACUACCAAGCUACUGCAAAAUGUAGUUACAUUACUAGUUGAAUUACAUGUAGUUCACUACUACCCAACACUGAGCACUUGUGCACGCAUGCGCACGCACGCACGCACGCACGCACGCACGCACGCACGCACGCACACACACACACACACACACACACACACACACACACACAGAGGUCUGGCCGUCUGAGAGAACAAGCUGAGAGAAUAAUAGGAAUUGAUUAAUAAUAUACUGUACCAGUAUCCAGGCUGCAUCACAACUGGCCGUGAUUGGGCGGCGUAAAAUUGGCCCAGCGCCGCCCGGGUUUGGCCGGUCUAGGCCGUCAUUGUUGAUAAGAAUUUGUUCUUAACUGACUUGCCUAGUUAAAUAAAGGUUAAAUAAAUAAAUAAAUAUAUAAUAAUAAACCACACAAACCUCAUGACUAUGUAUUUCUAUGUCUUCUGUAAGUCUGCAACUGCCUGAAACACUUCCAAAAGAAAUGCCUUUCAGUCUACUAUCAGAUGCAAUAUUAGUAGCUGACUGUCCAGUAUGAUGUGGUGCAUUCUGGAGAGGAAAAUAAAAUAACCUUAAAGUCUUCAAA